AUGUUUUCAAAAGUAUCUGAAGAAUUGUUGUGUACUUUAGGUUUUCAUUCUACUAAAACUCGACUUGAUAAUAUUCGUUUGCAAUUCCCCGAACUGGGUAAUUUGAACGAACGAACCAUGGGUGAAAUCCGUGAUGAAAUGAAGACGUAUCAAAUCAAUGCCAUGUAUAUUCUCUUGGACUUGAAACAAUCCUAUCGACUAUGUUGGAUCGUUCAAAUGACACGACGAUGUGCUCAGAUGCUUCUAAAAUAUGGAUCAAUUGCGAUUAUUCAGUUUUAUGAAACAGGAAUUCUUGCAGAUAAUGAAUAUUCACACAUAUUGAAAUUAAUUGAGAACAAAUUAUUCAAGCUCGAAUAUGGAAAGAUCCGACAUAAAAAUGGUACAUCAACUACUUAUUAUAAAUGUGGUAGUAUCAUCGGAGCUGAUGCCUUUUUUAAUAACAAAUCCUCAUCGAAUGGAACUUAUUAUGCAAGUUGUGGACUCGUGGAAACAUUUGUGAUUGACGCAGCUGUGUUGCAUAGUUUAUUAUCUGAUGAGAAAAUAUCUCGUUCGAUCUAUAAUGAAAUAGCAGCACAUGUGAUUACAAAUAACUAUCGAAGUUUAGUACAAUUAACUCGUCCACAACUGAAAGCUUUCCUAAAUGAGAAAGCGAUAUUUUAUGAAAAUCAAUCGAAUCUAACGAUUGAGCUUCAACCAAAUCAACAACUACUUCUCUUAUCAGGAACAAUUUCUUGUUAUUCAACCAAUAAUCAGUGA